AUCGUCUGCCACCACUAAAAAACGAAUCAGAGAUUCAGAGCUUCCGACUCACUCGUACUGCUCCACUGAGACCGGCCCCUCAGUAAAAACCCAGAUGAAGAAUCGUACUUGCUUGCACAACGGCUAAAAGAGUCAUGAUCUUCUCGAAAUUUUAAACCCAACACGCAGUAAUCCAUAGCUCACCCACUAUUUGCUCACCUCAUUAACAAUGACAAGUUCCCUUUUCUUCAUCACCAUCGUCACUCUCACAGUCGCUUACACCCUCCAAUUCAAAGCCCAUGCUGCUCCUGCAGGGCCAUUGAUAAAGCACUUGUCUUCCCUUGUCAAGUGGACGAGGGCGGCAUCCGCCAAAGCACCCCAAUCAGAUGGGAAUGUUGUUCAGUUUGAGAGUGGGUACUUAGUUGAGACUGUUGUGGAAGGAACUGAUAUUGGAGUUGUUCCUUUCAAGAUCCGCAUUUCAGAGGAUGGCGAACUCUUUGCUGUGGACUCCGUUAAUAGCAACAUUGUUCGGAUUACUCCUCCGCUGUCCCAAUAUAGUAGGGGAAGAUUGGUUGCUGGAUCAUUUCAAGGUUAUACAGGCCAUGUUGAUGGAAAGCCAAGUGAUGCUCGUUUCAAUCAUCCAAAAGGUGUAACCAUGGAUGAUAAAGGGAAUGUAUAUGUUGCUGAUACCUUGAAUCACGCCAUAAGAAAAAUUGGAGAAGCUGGUGUGACAACCAUAGCUGGUGGAAAAUCAAAUAUUGCUGGCUACAGGGAUGGACCCAGUGAAGAUGCAAUGUUCUCAAACGAUUUUGAUGUAGUAUAUGUCCAGCCUACUUGUUCCUUGCUUGUUGUUGAUAGAGGAAAUGCUGCUCUUAGGCAGAUAUCUCUCAACCAGGAGGAUUGUGAUUAUCAGUACAGUUCAAUCUCUUCCACAGAUGUCCUUAUGGUUGUUGGUGCUGUCUUGAUAGGCUAUGCCACAUGCAUGCUUCAGCAGGGUUUUGGACCUUUCUUCUCGAGAACGCAGCAACCUUCAGAGAGUGAAACUAAAGAACAUGCAAGCAAUGAAAAAUCCACUCCAGUUGUGGAGAUUGUGAAAGAGGACCCAGGAUGGCCAUCUUUUGGGCAGCUUAUAAUUGAUCUAUGCAAGAUUGGACUUGAAGCAGUGACAGGCACAUUUCUUCAGUUCAUUCCCUCUCGGUUCAUGCCUGGUGGUUCUCACAAAGGCCUGACACCAUUAAAAGAUUCUCUCAGGAUGCCUGAGGAGGAAGCUGAGACCCCGUUAGUUCACAGGCAAAGCACUCCUGCUCCUCUGUCUGAAACUCGGCAGUCCCAUACUCCCAAUGCAAGUGAUAGAUAUUCAGAUAUGAAGCCCUCAAAGAUAAAGUCAAGUAGCUUUAAAGACCCCUCUUUGCCAAGCAAGCACCGGUCUUCAAAACGCCAGGAUUCUGCAGAAUUCUAUGGAUCUGGUGAAAGAUCUAAGAGCCAGAAAGAAAGAACACGGCAUCGCCAACGAGAGAAGAGUGGAGAGGUAGUUUUUGGGGCCGUUGGGACAGAAUCGAAACCUGUGGACAUGAAGACAGCAGCAGGUUAUGACAAUCAGAAGUUUGAGAACUACAAUAUGAGGAGCAGGUAUGGACCUGACAAGUCAUACCGGUUUUAAUCAAACUUCAACAUGGUUACUACCGUUGUCAGACCUGCUAAUUUCCGCUAGGUUUUGCCUGAUCUAGAAUGUGUAUCCCUGUAUUCCAUUUUGAGCUUCGGCUAGUCUGGAAUUUGAUUCUAUACGGAUAUGUGCUUUAAGAGAACAAAUACAGAUGAUUUAGCUUGCGCUCACAAUCUAACAUUAACUACAUAGGAUUCUAAUCCA